UCGCCAUGGCGAUGUACUCGGACCAGAUCGCCAUUGUCGGCAUCGGCUGCAAGGUGCCAGGCGCCGACAACGUCGAGCAGUACUGGAAGCUUCUAGAGAACGGGGAGAACCACGUCAUCGACAUCCCCAAGGAGAGAUGGAACAACGACGCCUUCUACGACCCCGACCCCCACGCCAUAGGGAAGUCGUACGUUCGCAGGGCGGGACUGCUGAAAGACCCCAUCGCCUUCGACAACAAACUGUUCAACAUCAACGACUUUGAGGCUGACCAGAUGGACCCCCAACAGCGAUACGUGCUGGAUUGUUCCUUUAUGGCCAUGGAGGACGCUGGCAUCACGCGUGAUAAGCUGGCUGGUUCUAAUACAGGGGUCUAUGUGGGUGCCAUGAACGGCGACUACAGAGGUUUGUUCACAGCCAAGUCUUCCAUCGUCGGCAACUACACCGUGACCGGUAUCUCUAACAGCAUCAUCGCCGCCCGUGUGUCCUUCGUCUUCGACCUGCGGGGACCGUCCAUGACACUGGACACUGCCUGCUCUUCUGCCCUGCUGGCCAUACACAUCGGUGCCCAGGCAUUGAGGACAGGUGACUGCGACAUCGCCCUGUGUGGGGGGACAAACUUCCUCAUGUCCCCGGACGUCUUCGUCCACCUCAGCAAGGCCCACAUGGUCUCCCCCACUGGACAGUGUUUCGCCUUCUCAGACAGUGCUGACGGCUACACCAGAGGGGAAGGGUGCGGCAUGGUCAUCCUCAAACGUUUAAAAGACGCUCUGAGGGACGGGGAUCGCGUCUGGGCAACCAUCGACACGGGGUCCAACCAAGAUGGCCACAGCGUGACGCCAAUCUCAGCGCCCUCUGGCGACCAGCAGAUCAAGUUGUUAGACCACGUGUACAAGAUAGCCGGUGUUGACAUCAAUAAGAUUGACUACAUAGAGGCUCACGGUACUGGAACAUCCGCUGGUGAUCCAGUAGAAGCAAACGCCUUAGGUAAAUUUUUCCAGGAGAAAGGGGCCGUCCGCCAUCGCUACAUCGGGUCAGUGAAGACAAAUCUAGGUCACCUGGAGUCGGCCGCAGGUACCGCUGGCCUCAUCAAGGUCCUGCUGAUGAUGAAACACUCCAAGAUCGUCCCCUCCCUGUUUUUUGACAAGCCCAACCCCCGGAUCAACUUCCCCGACAUGAACCUCAGCGUCCCCACCCAGGUCAUCGACUGGCCGGCGCAGAACAAAGUCGCGUGCGUCAACUCGUUCGGGUUUGGAGGCACGAACUGCCACGCUGUGGUGCAGGCCUACGAGGAUCACAUGUCCAGACAGAACAGUAUGGUGGAGGGUCAGAACAUCCCCUGUGUCGUCUGCUUCUCCGCCAAGCACGAGAAAUCUCUGAAAGGAAGUAUCGAAGACUUCGUCAAUCAUCCAGAGGUGAGUACCUUUGACGUGCAUGACGUGUCGUACACGUCGUCGGUCCGACGCGACCACUACAACGUCAGGUACGCGACGGUUGUUGAGGACAUGUCUGAGCUGCUGGCACGCUUGAAUGAUUAUUUAAGCAAAGGUGCGAAAGGGUCAAACGCUGUCAGACGCGCGCGUGUGGUGUACGUCUUUGGUGGGAUGGGCACGACGUGGAAGGGGAUGUGCAAGGAACUCAUGAACAUGAGCAAUGAGUUCCGGAACGCCAUCUUAGAGAUUGACCAAUAUUUAUCGAAAUACGUCACGUGGUCGGUCGCCAGCCGUUUUGAAAAAGAAGCUGACAUGGACGACCCGGAGUUUUCUCCCAUCGCAAUCUUCGCCUGCCAGAUUGGUCUGGCCAAGCUGUGGUCAAGUCUUGGCGUGACGCCGGCCUGCGUGGUUGGUCAGUCAGUCGGUGAAGUGGCCGCUGCUUACUUUGCUGGAAUACUGACCAUGGAAGACGCGGUGAAGGUCAUCUACUACCGCACGAGCCUGAUGGCUUCGGUGAUUGGAGGAAAAAUGUUCGUCGUGAGAAACAUGCCGGUCGAUAAGGUCAAGGACGUGGUGGGCGGGUUUUCCGGCCUGGCCAACGUGUCGCUGGAGUACAGCCCCAUAUCCUGCGCCGUCAGCGGUAAUUCGGACAUCGUCAUGCGCAUCAAACAGGAGCUGCAGAACAAAGCGAGGAACCUGAACAUCCAGAUACAGCUGGUUGACCUGCAGGUGCCCGUCGCCUACCACAGUCACCAUGUCGAUGGAUGCAAAGCCGGGCUGAGAGAGGCGCUCGCGGGUCUGGCACCCAAAGCUCCAGAGAUAGACAUGUUCUCAAGCGUGACCGGAGAACUUGCGACAGCUUCGUUGGGUCCUGACUACUGGGUCAGCAACAUGCGGGAGCCUGUCCGGUUCUUCGACGCGGUGCAGAAGACUUUCACCAAGGGCUACAAGAACGUGUACAUCGAGAUCGGACCGAAACCAGUCAUGCGUGCCCACGCCAAUGACAUCUUCCCCAAGGAUGACGUCAUGCCUGUCGUCUCCAUGUCCAAACCGCCCGAAUGGAAAAUCUUCCUGCAGGCGCUGGUCAGCGUGUACGAGCUCGGCUGCAAGGUGGACUGGGACAACCUCCCACACGAGGGCAAGAUCGUCACGCCCAUCCCCAGGUACAGCUUCAACCCCAGACGUAACCUCCAGCUGUGCGAGUCCGCGCACAUGAUCCUUGCCGGCGUCCACUACAUGAGGAAAGAGCACCCGUUCUUGAACAAAGUGGACACAACCAACGACUGGAAAGCCAUGGUGACUCAGCUGACCUUCCCGUCAGUCUACGACCAUAUUGUCUCUGGAAUGCUGAUCAUCCCCGGGGCGUUUUAUGCCGAGACUGGAUUCGCCGUGGCCAUGCACACCAGCGAGAUGAACGCCCCCAUGUACACGGUGGGGGUCAGGUUUGAGCAGCCGUGUUCCUUCACCAGGGAGGGCGCCGUGGAGCUGGAUCUCGUGCUGAACAAAGCGACACCUCGCGGCUACGGGGCUGAAAAGUACGACAGCUACAACAUCGCAGUGGUGAAGGGCAACAAGACCUUCGCGAACAUUCACCUGCAGGCCCACAACAUGAGAGGUCAGCCAUCGACCAUUAACAUACGUCACAUUCAAGGCCGCUGUCCGCAGAUUGUUGAGAGGGACGAGAUCUACGGAACUCUCAAGAGCUUCGGCUUCACGUACGGCCCUGCGUACGCACUGCUGAUGUACGCCCAGAGAAGUUCACAAGAAUGUCUGGCAAAGAUUUUCGUACCCAAACAACUGUUCAUUGAAAUAGCUGGCACCACCAUUCACCCUUCAAUUCUAGAUGGGAUGAUCCAAACUUCCGUUAUUUUGAUGGAUGGCGUUGAUGACGCGCGGGAUCUUCUGCCUCGAUCUAUCGGCAAGUUAACCUCCUACCGACCAACAGAAAACGAGAUGUACAUUUACACCACGCUGAAGAGCUCCGAUAGAAAACUAACCCUGUAUGACAUCAAGCUCACGACUCUUUACGGGGAGGUAAUCGCUGAUCUGGAGGACCUGGCUAUCAAGUCAUUGACCGACAAAUCUGGAGGCGUGGAAAACACGUACAAGUGCAUAUGGAAGCCCACCGAAACCAAAUACCCAAAUCACGAAACCAAGAAGCCAAACGUGCUGUUUAUCACCGACUCCAUCCCAGAGAACACGCCUUCCUCCAUGCUGAAAAAAUGCAUUCAGUACGACGUCUUGGACGAGCCCGGAGAAACCGUGGCCAAAGAUAUGGACCUGAUGUUGAAAAACAAAAUGUCGGAGUAUGAGUUCAUUGUAAUCAUGAACAACACAACAAUCUCAGAAUCUGAAGACGCUUUCAGCAUCCAGACUAAGACUCUAAAUCUCUGCAUGAUGCUGAAAAACAUUUAUACAUUUGCUGUUGAGAAAAACCUAACACUUCCUAUUUAUUUAUUCACCAAAAGAGCAUUUCCUUUUGAGAACGGCCCUCCGGAAGUUGAAAAUAUUAACCCUAUAAUGACUGCGCUAUGGGGUAUGACAAGAUGCGCCUUGAAAGAACAAGUCUACACCGACCUGGUCACGAUUGACCUCCACGUUUCUGAAGAAACGAUAACAUUGCCCUAUCUGUCUUCGGUGGCUGAGAUUAUAAACAGCGACAGCAUUCUGAAGAACUACCCGGAGUGGAUGGUGACAGCCGACUGCAUGUUCGUCAACCAGUUCGUCCAGGUCGACUCGGAGACCCCGGUCCCCACGUUCAGACACAACUUCGCGGACAAGUCCCAGAACGUCAUCCUCUUGAGCAAGGAGCCGAUGGUGUUGACAGACACCUUCCCGGUGUACCACGAAACACAGGUCAAAGAUGAGACUCAGCCUCAUGUCCAGAUGGACGUCUCAGCCACGGCGUUUCAAAAUCCGCUUCUCUUCAACAUGAAGAUGUUGUACAGCGUCAUGGAAAAACGCCGAACUCUCAAAGGAAACGGGUACCCGCUGUUUGCCCUAGAGAACAUAGGCCCAGUCCAAGGAGACGCCGUCUGUAAGAGACAGAGGAGGUACAACAUACCCGCUAUUUCAUGUUACCCAGCCCCCAUUGGGUCUAAAAUCAAAGUACCGAUUGACGCCACAAUUCCAGCUGAUUUGAUUGCAGAUUACGUCCCCGGGGAUCUCACACGAUUGGUUCUACUGUGGUCUCUACACGAGCUGGUCACUACCAGAAACGCCACCAUUUUAGCCUCCUCCGCCACGGCGAAAUACGGGGAAAUUCUUAUGUGUUUGCUGUUAAGUCGGAGAAAGCCAAAACCGUUAAACGUGAACCUAGUCGUGGUCGAGGAGUUGAACAACAUCGAGACGUUGAACGAGACGAUCGUAUCGCUGGUCCUGAUGGAUGAGAAUAUCGUCCCCAUCAUGGCUAGACGCUGGCUGCAGCCAAAGUACUACAUCAGCGUCUCCUCCCUGCUGGAGCCGGUAGCCAGAGCUCCCAUUUCCUUCUUCCUCCCCACUGUCGAGAUCAAGCUGCUAGACACGGCCACAGUCUUCCACCCCCACAACGUCACCACGCUCGUCCCCAGGGUCAAGAAGUGGAUGGUCAAGCACUCGUCCCUCAUGCCAAGAGUCGCAGAGUGCCUACACAAAAACCCCAUCACAACAGGGAUUUACAAGGAUGCUGUAGCUGACAUCGACGAGUUGCUGGAGGUGCAGAUCACCAAGAUGAAUAGCUCGGUGGUGAGGGUGGAGAAGACGGAACUCUUCAGAAAAGACGCGGUGUACAUCGUCGUGGGUGGAUUGACGGGUCUGGGGUGGCUUUUUGUCAAGUUCCUUGCGCAAAACGGUGCUGGAAACAUAGCCAUUCUCAACAGAAGACAGGCAACAAUAGAAAAAACCAAUGAGAUAGCCCAGCUCGCUGCUUCAGAAAACUGUAACAUUAAAGCUUUACAGGCGGACGUUACUCAUAUGGAUUCGUUGAAAAAUUUCAUGUCGCAGAUGGAACAAGCGUUUCCGAACAUCGUGUUGAAGGGCGUUUUCUUCGGCGCUGCUGUUGUGGAUGAUCAGCUGCUAGUGCAGAUUGAUCCAAAAGUUUUUGCCAAAGUCAUGUCCCCUAAAGUGAUGGGUGCGUGGAACUUGCAUCAGUUAACCAAAGAUCUCCCGCUAGACUACUUCGUGCUGCACUCCUCCGUCACUUCCGUCAUCGGAAAUGCGGGUCAGACGAGCUACGGUGCAGGAAACGCCUUCAUGGACGGCAUGGCACACUACCGCAAACACCUCAAGCUGUCGGGACAAAGCAUCAACUGGGGAGCUCUCGACCUCGGUAUGUUGAGCGAUUACAGCGAGGCCAAAAAGAUAUUGGAAGCUCAGGGUUUUGUACUGCUAACUGAAGAAGACAUUUCUGCUGUUAUUAUCCCUAUACUGCUUCUAGAUUGGGGACAGAUCUUGCCGUGCAAAUUCGAUGAUGAAAUUCUGCUGAAACGAUUGAAGAGGGAUAUGCUGGUUCCAUUCCAGUACCGUCUUAAAUCUAUGCUGGGUUCCGCAGCGGAAGAGGUCAAAAUCGAAGAAGAUAUUCUUCUCGCUCUGCAGACAGCGAGAGAACUUCCGCCAGAUCAAAGGGUAGACGUGUACGAGAGAUACGUCAUUGCUCUAGCCAGCCAGGUCCUCAGCGCUGAAGACGGCGCCAUUAAAUCAGACACGAAUCUCGUGGACAUGGGAAUGGACUCUAUCGUUGCCAUGACGAUGAUCAACCAAAUUUACAAAGAGGUUCACUGUAGAUUGCCGGCUAUCGUUUUCAUCAGCGGGGAUCCAUCAGUUCGAAUCAUCGCUCAAGCUAUUGAUGACGUGUUGUCCGGGAGGUUGGCGGAAGGUUCCGAGUUUGGACCGGAUGCGGAACAGCUAGCAAUAGAAGCAGGCGAUGCUCAGGAUAAUAAAGAGGAGAAGAAGGAAGUGAAAGCGAUUGAACCUCCGCCUCCAAAGAGACGAAUAAGCUUUGCUGCAUCAACAAUUGAGUCCAGCCAAUUGGCUAUUUACAAGAGACACCCCAGAAAGCAAAGUCUUCACGGUGUUGUCGACGUGGAGAUUCCAGACGACAAGAAAGAUCCGUCGAUAGUGAGACAGGCAAUCUUGAAGACACUCGAGCUGCACCCGACGGCUUGUACGGCUUUCAAGGAAGACAUGUCGAAACGAACCAGCGUCAUGAACUUUGAGAAGCAAGUUCUCCCCGCAGAGAAAGCGAUGGACUUCAGGGUGGUGAGCAAGAGUGGAGAAGAGAUGCAAGAGUUCUCGGAAGAAGCUUUCGAUGUGAAAGAGAAAGGCCCGCUCAGGUUUGUUCUCCAGCAAGGAUCCAAGACCAACUUGCGAAUCAUUUUCCACAAAGCUGGAUUCGACGUCAGGGCCAUUUACCAGGUUAUUCAGGACCUGGUCUCCGCGUUUGAUCCCAAGUUUAAGAAACCCGUUCUAGAAAAAGAAUACAUUGACAAAACACUGCAACAGUCGGAAGAUUUUAACAUGGAACUUGACAAAAUUUACAAAUCAAAAUCGGAAUCUUUCGCGCACUUUUGGGCGAAGACAUUGAGCCAGGACGUGGCGAAUACGUCACUUCGCGGACAACAAACACAGUUCCCUCCACGUCCGCUGUUGGCAACCAACGGCUCGCUGAGGACCGUCUUGUCUCCAGAGUUGACGCAGAAGAUGGUCAAUUUCAUCCGAUUCCAUCACGUGUCUCUGCUAGGUCUGGUAGCUGGAGCCUACCAGACCCUCGUCCACAUCCUGACCGGCAAGUCGACCAUCAGCCUCAUGUUCCCCGUUGACCUACGCCGCUACAUCACCGACCUGAACAACGACGUCGCCAACUACUGCAACGAGAUCCCCCUCCUCGCGCAGUUCGACGACACCAACAAAGUCACGAUCCAGGAGUUCAUCAUCAGCAACAACAAACGCAUCCAGCAGCACAUCGACCACGGCAUGCUACCCUUCACACUCUUCCAGGGCUUGGCCGAAAGAACGAUGGAGAUGUUUGACCAAAGUCCACACGGAAUCAGCAUCGAGAUGCUCGCAGACGACAUCGCGUCACAAAUCAGCAACAGGCCUGGAAACAACGGGGUCAAAUCUGCCCCGGCCAUUUUGCCGAUGGGUUUGGAAACCAAUCUCCUGAUUCAACACAAUUUAUUAAAGGGCGUCGUCGUCCUAAACCUCGGGUACAAAGAAUGUGUGAUGAAUGGAAUGAGAGCGGAAGUUUUGAUGAAAAAUCUGGUCAGUCUAUUGACCGGCGUCAUGACAAACCCUGGCCUGCAACUGAGACAAAUCAAAAAGUACACAAAAGGCGUGAACGCCAGGCUGGAGAAAAAACCGUUCUGUGCUGUGCAGUAGGCCACAGUACCACAUGCAAAACACAGACAGAAGCUGCCACAGCUCACAAUAACUAUCACUGCCUCAUGUCACAAUAGGAGGAAGAAUUAAUCAAAUAUCUUCCGGAAGUAAAAAGCUCGUACACUUAGUACGUCUGAUUGCUGACAACAGUUUCUUCCCCUUACUCUUCACAAAAUAUUUUUUGCCCUUAACAAUUACCAAUCGUGUUCUGUUUCUAUCACAAAUGAUAGCAAUUUUGUGAGAGAAAUUAAUAAUUUUUUUUAUCAAUCUAUUUUUACCAUAUAAUCUAACG